AUGUACCUGGGGGCCCCAGUCUUAUUCAUUGGUCUAUUCCUCUCUUUCGCGAAUGGCCGCUCGCUGUCCGUCAAGCUUCCUGAUGCGACUUACUCAGGCUAUCACAACUCCACUUCAGGCUUGGAUGUUUGGCUGGGGGUCAGGUAUGCUGCUCCUCCGGUGGGAGAGUUGAGAUGGAGAGCCGCACAGUCCAUAUCGGAAGGAAAUGGGGUUAUAAAUUCCACGACAAUGCCUGUUCAGUGCAUUCAGUCUCAGGCGGCCUGGAAUGCUACCAACAUGAGCGAGGAUUGCCUGUACCUGAAUGUUUACUCACCCCCCAAUGCUAAAAAACUCCCUGUUCUUGUUUGGAUACACGGCGGAAGUUGGGAUCAUAAUGGUGCAUAUCAAUUUGAUCCAACCCCUUUAAUCAAUCUUUCUGGGAACAAAUUUGUGGCAGUUAUCCUUCAAUACAGGCUCGGGGCUUUUGGUUUCCUAUCCGGUUCAGAGAGUAUUGCCCAAUCUAAUGGUCUCAAUGUAGCCAUAACCGAUGCUCGCUUCGCGCUUCAAUUUGUUCAAUCAAACAUAGAUAAAUUCGGUGGCUCGAAGGACGAUGUAACUAUUUGGGGACAGAGUUCAGGAGGAGGCACGGUCCUCGAACUUCUGGUACAAGAGGGUCGACUGCAGAAGUCUACUGGAUCAAAAUAUCAAGCCCUUUUCAAGGCUGCAAUCAUGAGCUCUCCUUGGUUCCCACCACUUGGGAAAUGCAGCAACACUUAUUUCAAGGAGCAAUUCAGAAAUUUUACUUUGGGGGCCGGUUGCACUCCAAAUUCGACAGAUGCUAGUGCGCUAUCAUGUUUAAGAACAGCGCCGAGUAGCGCACUUCGACAAUUGAAUUACCAAAUGAACAAAGCUCAAAAAGGACAUGUCAACUACUGGACAGCAUGCUUAGAAGACGAUUCCUCCAAGGAUGGUCGCAGGGAUUAUGUUUUGGCUGGCAGUAAUUCUGCAGACGGAUCUGCGCCUUCCAAUCUGUCCACCCCGACGCUUUUUGAGAGUUUCUUGACGACAAACUGGCCGCUCACAGCCGAGCAGGUCACAAAGGUUGCUAGCCUUUAUCCAGAAAGUACAUUUCCGGACAGCCAUGCCAGGGGUGUUUCCGUAUACCAAGAUGCGGUAUUCGCUUGCAGUUCGACCUGGGCCACUGCAGCCUUUACAAAAAGGAAAGGAAGUUGGAGGUAUUUGUUUGGGAUAUUGCGUAGGUCACUGUUCAAAUUGUCUCUUGGAGGAUUAUUCAUGGUAACCACCCGCACUGUCGUAGCGGCCGUCCAUGCUCAAGAUAACGCAUAUGAAUUCCCGAUUUGGUAUAACUUCCGCUCCCCAGUUUCACCGAACGUAUUUUCCGCGUUUGGUGGUUCUAUAACCAACUUCACGGUCGGGCGAAAUCCUAAUUCCAAAGCCCUCAACAAUACUUGGCUGCAAGCAGGGAGCGGGAGUCAAAUUGUCUUCAAUAUGACCUCUCCGGCCAAUGUCAGUGAGACCUACGACACUGAGUUUUACGCUCCGCCGAGUGGCACGAAAGAGUACGUGCUCAAUGCGCCUUCUUCUCCAUAG